AUGUAUUUAUUCGUUGAAAUUGAGAUAAGUGACAUCCGUAUACCAGAGAUAAUUAGAUUUUACAAUAGCACAAAAUUCAGUGUAGAUGUAACCGAUCAAAUAGCCAGAAAAUAUUGUGUAAAAUCUAAAUGUCAAAAAUGUCCUGUACAGGUAUUUUUCAGUAUCUUAGAUUUAGCCGAGAUAAAUGCCUGGAUUUUAUACGAAGAAACGACGGAUGGAGGAAUAUCCAGGCAAGAAUUUUUAUUUCAAUUGGCAGAAGAGCUUGGGACCGAAUAUCCGAAGGAGAGACAGCUAAGCAAAGAAUGUUCAUCAAAUACAGCUACAAAUUCAUCUGGAUGGAAAGUUUGUCAAAUAAGAUAUUGUAAAGUCAAUAAGACUAACAAAAUCUGUAUAAAAUGUAAAAAAUGCUUAUGCGAAAAAUGUGCGAUACAAAAUACUGUAAUUUGUAAAAAAUGUGUUGAAAAUGCAUAA